GCUUUGUCUUUUUUAACAGUUCAGUCGUAGAGGAGGGAGAGAGGAAAAUGGCUGACGGUGUGGAUCAUAUCGAUAUUUACGCGGAUGUGGAAGAGGAGUUUAAUCAGGAAGCAGAGUACAACGUUCACGAACAGAUAGACCUGUAUGAUGACGUCAUCUCCCCAUCAGCUAAUAAUGGGGAUGCUCCUGAGGACCGUGAUUAUAUAGACAACCUCCCCCCGGCAGUAGGCAGUGAAGGCGGCAAGGGACCACCUCCCAAUGUGGUCUAUACUUACACUGGAAAAAGAAUUGCCCUCUACAUUGGCAAUCUUACAUGGUGGACAACUGAUGAGGACUUAACUGAUGCCAUUCGUGCAGUGGGCAUAAAUGAUGUGUUGGAGAUCAAAUUCUUCGAGAAUCGAGCCAACGGCCAGUCUAAAGGGUUUGCCCUGGUGUACGUGGGCUCUGAAGCCUCUUCUAGAAAGUUGCUGGACCUCCUGUCCAAACGGGAGCUUCAUGGACAGAACCCCGUUGUCACCCCCUGCAACAAGCAGACCCUCAGCCAGUUUGAGAUGCAGUCUAGGAAAAGCACACAGUCUGGGGAGGGGAAGGCUCCAGCCCCUGGAGUUGGUCCUCGUGGCAGCUUUCCGCUGGGAAGGGGUCGAGUCCGUUUUCCUGGCACACCUGGCUUGCCUGGUGAUCGCUUCCCAGGGCCUGUGGGACCAGGAGCACCUCCACCACAUUUCCCAGGACUUCAAGGCCCACCCCGACCACCUCCUGGCCCACCUGGUCCUCCAGGUCCUCCUGGGCCCCCACCUGGACAGAGUCUGCCUCCACCCCUUUCAGGGCCCCCUAACCGGGGUGAUCGCCCUCCACCCCCAGUUGUGUUCCCUGGCCAAUUCAGUCAACCCCCUAUGGGUCCCAUGCCUCCUGGACCCCCGCCUCCUGUACCAGGCUAUGGCCCACCACCUGGACCCCCUCCUCCACAGCAGGGACCCCCUCCACCUGGGCCUUUCCCUCCCCGCCCUCCGGGUCCUGUCGGGCCUCCCCUUGCCUUGGCUCCUCCACCACAUAUGGCCGGACCCCCUCCUGGUGGACCUCCUCCUGCCCCUCAUGUCAACCCAGCAUUCUUCCCUCCCCCGGGAAACAGCGGCAUGCCACCGUCGGACAGCCGUGGCCCCCCUCCUAACGAUCCCUAUGGUCGCUUGCCUCCUUACGACAGAGGGGACUAUGGCCCUGCUGGCAGGGAAAUGGAUGCUGUUCGUGCUCCUCUAAGUGAAGCUGAGUUUGAGGAGAUCAUGAACCGUAACCGGGCCAUUUCCAGCAGUGCCAUCUCCAGGGCUGUGUCUGAUGCCAGUGCAGGUGAUUACGGCAGUGCGAUAGAGACACUAGUCACAGCUAUCUCACUCAUCAAGCAGUCCAAGGUGUCGGCUGACGACCGCUGCAAAGUUCUCAUAAGCUCCCUGCAGGACUGUCUGCAUGGCAUCGAGUCCAAAUCCUAUGGUUCUGCAUCCAGUAGACGAGAAAGGUCCAGGGAGCGAGACCAUAGCCGCUCGCGAGAGAAGAGUCGCCGGCACAAGUCACGCAGCCGUGACAGACAUGAGGAUUACUACAGGGAACGCAGCCGUGAGCGAGAGAGGCACCGCGACCGUGACCGUGACCGGGAGCGAGAUCGGGACCGCGAGAGGGAGUACCGCCAUCGCUAGCACAGCUGAAGGAAGAGGACUGGCACUGCAGUUUGCAUCCCAGGCCUUCAGGAACAGACUGUCCUCGCACCACCCGGCUGGGCCUCCGCCUGCCUGCACAUGCCAGCACGGGGCCAACAGCCUACACGGCCAUUUAAGGCAACAGUACAGUAAAGCAAAAGUCAUGCUUAUGGUAAACCCAACAGUGCUUUUUUUUUUUAUGUUUGUAAUUGUUUUAUUUGAUAUGAAACCUGUGUGAUUACGUUUCUGCUUUACAAGAUAAAUUGCCUGUUGUAUCCAAAAAAUAAACCUUUAACAGGUAUUGUCUUGUCACUAGGAGUGGGGUUUGUUUUGUUUUUUUCCCCCUCUUUUCCCACCCUUAGUUUUUACCCCAUACCCCCCACUUGUUCAGAAGAUAUCUGUAAACAUCAGCUUUCAUUAUUAUAGAUUUACUGUUGUAAUAAACAGUUUAAUGGGACUGAUACUUGUCAAUUUGCUGCACAGUUUCUCUGUAUGCCAACAUGCCUCUUAUUUCAUUUAUAAUAAAUUUAUAUGUCUGAUCCUUCACCUAUUGUAUCACACAGUGGGGAGUUCUGUGGUGGUGAAGAAAAUAUGGUCUAUGUUAAAAGCCUCUGUGAUUGUCACCUAGUGCAGCUUUUUUUUUUUUUUUUAAUAUAAAGUUAAUUGGUAACAGCUUAACUUGGAUUUGGUAUUAGUUGCAUUUCAAUUAUGCUUAGUCUUAAAAAUGUACAGCUUUGUAUUGGGUCAUUUUGUCAAACAGGUCCUCUUGCCUUAAUUUUAAUAAGUUUAACUGGUCAAUUUAGUGUGGCUAGAUUUUCUUUGUAAUGAAACUAAAUUACUUUUGCUGUAGUGUCUUUGGACAUCUUUCCUUGCCAGGUGUGUUGCUUUGACACAGACCAUAUCAUGAACCUGUAGCCAGAUGUGUGUGUGUGUGUGUGUGUGUGUGUGUGUGUGUGUGUGUGUGUGUGUGUGUAGUUUUGUAGAAUAUUGUCCCUUUAGAGUUCUUAGCUUCAUCCUCACCAUAAUUUUCACUUUUGAUGCAAAUGAGCAUUUUAUAAGCUGUUGUACUAUGAAAAAUUUAGCUUUAAAUUUAUUUACACACCCUGUGUAAUAGACAGAAUAGCUUCAAAGAAUACAAAAACCACUUAAUUUUUAAAUUGCUUAGCAGGUGUUUCAAUGUAUUUUGAAUGCUUUCUAUGUUAAUCUGCAGGUAUUAGUAACUGGUCUUGUUGAUCUUAAAGUCAGUUUUGGCAUACUGGUGCUUAAGUUCUUUUUAUGGUGAAAUUUUUGACUGUGGACAUUUGGUGUUGUACAGAAUUGAAAUCAUUUGUGUUGAUAAUUGCAGUGCAUUUGUCAUGUUUGAUUUCUCCCUAAGAAAAGAUCAGUAUCUUAAAUGUUAAAGGCAGUCUCUUGAUUCAGCUGAAGUAUUAUGGGGGACAAAAAUUAAGUGGGGCAUCACUGGAAGAACAUGGAAAUGAAAUCCACAUAAGGGUGGCUAGUUUGCAUUCUUGCCUUUCAUUUAAGGGUUUCUGAUGGCAGAGUUUGAAGGGGACACUUUUACUGUGAGAGCACAACUAAGACUCUCAUGGCCAUAGCUGUCUUGGUAACAUGCAGUAACCAAUUGGCAUUGUCAGUCUUGGUGUCUCAUUACUUUUGGACAUGGUUCAUCCACACACACACACGAUUAUUUCGCUUGUACUGCACUGUAAUACUGUGGCCUUGACAGACAGAAGAUGUGCUCUCAUUGUGCAUGUGAUUAUGUAUGCUCUAAAUUCAGAUUAAUGUAAUUUUUACCUUGAUGUCCCUGCAUUUGGAAUGCACUUAAAAUGCAUCUAACUUUAUGAACAGUUUGGUAGUAUGUAACACUUGGUUUAUUUAUGCCAUAAUGGAGGCUGUGAAGAAUUCUAGACUUCCAUAACCUGAUGGGCAACUGUCAAUCUUAUACAUAUUCAGAGUUGUGGUUACAUUUUUCUGCAAUAUUUUAUCAUUCUGUUGUGUGUGUGUAUAUAGGAAAAUAAAUAUGCUUGUUUCUAGCUACUUUAUGAACAGGACUUGUAACAUUGCUGGGUUAAAGUAGUCCAGCAUGCUUUUUAAGAUAUUCAGUAUAUUGGCAUGUUGUGCCCUCUCCU